AUGAUUACGCCUAGAACUGCAUUGAUGAUCGGCGGUGGCUUGUACGCCUGCGGCGCCAUGUACAUGGCCCGCAACUACUACAAUGACUCCUCAUUCAAAAAGAUCUACGUCAAGGCUGACAAGACCUACGAGAAGGUCAAGAUCAUGCACCCACCUACGGAAUGCACCUCCUAA